AUGAGCUGUGAUUUCAACAGAGCAAACAGAGGGAGGGAUGAAUGUGGUUUGGCUGAUGGAAAAACAGAGGCUGUUUCCUGGCAAAACUCGGAGCCAGAAAAGAGUGAGUUCAUCUGCAGCCGAAACACAAAUAGUAACCGGAAGAGAGGUAAAGGAGGAAAGGAGUUAGAAAGAGUGCUUUACCGGGGACGAUCAGAAAUUGCAGUUGAUGUGGGCGUGUUAGGAAGGGCUUCGAGCCGGGGUGCAAAGCUGCAGCGGGUGNUGAUCUUCCCCAGCAGCAGCGGCAACCCCGGGGGCAGCAGCAGCUGCAGGACGCCCUAUCGCAAGCAGCAGUCUCUGGUCCCAGCCCAUCCUAUGGCCCCUCCCAGCCCCAGCACCACCAGCAGUAAUAACAACAGUAGCAGCAGUAGCAACUCAGGAUGGGAUCAGCUGAGCAAAACGAACCUCUACAUCCGGGGGCUGCCUCCCAACACCACGGACCAGGACCUGGUGAAGCUGUGUCAGCCUUAUGGGAAGAUCGUUUCCACAAAGGCAAUUUUGGAUAAGACAACAAACAAAUGCAAAGGUUAUGGUUUUGUUGACUUUGACAGUCCUGCAGCAGCUCAGAAGGCUGUGUCCGCCCUGAAGGCAAGUGGGGUUCAAGCUCAGAUGGCAAAGCAACAGGAACAAGAUCCUACCAACUUGUAUAUUUCUAAUUUGCCACUGUCCAUGGAUGAGCAAGAACUUGAAAAUAUGCUGAAACCAUUUGGACAAGUGAUUUCUACAAGGAUACUACGCGAUUCCAGUGGGACAAGUCGUGGUGUUGGCUUUGCUAGGAUGGAAUCAACAGAAAAGUGUGAAGCUGUUAUUGGUCAUUUUAAUGGAAAAUUCAUUAAGACACCACCCGGAGUUUCUGCUCCUACAGAACCGUUAUUGUGUAAAUUUGCGGAUGGUGGACAGAAGAAGAGACAGAACCCAAACAAAUACAUCCCAAAUGGACGGCCCUGGCACAGGGAAGGAGAGGCUGGAAUGACACUUACUUAUGACCCAACCACAGCUGCUAUACAGAAUGGAUUUUAUCCUUCACCAUACAGUAUUGCUACAAACCGAAUGAUUACUCAAACUUCUAUUACACCCUAUAUUGCGUCUCCUGUAUCUGCCUACCAGGUGGCAAAGGAAACCAGAGAAAACAAGUAUCGGGGCUCUGCUAUCAAGGUGCAAAGUCCUUCCUGGAUGCAACCUCAACCAUAUAUCCUACAGCACCCUGGUGCCGUGUUAACUCCCUCCAUGGAGCACACCAUGUCACUACAGCCCGCGUCUAUGAUCAGCCCUCUGGCCCAGCAAAUGAGUCAUCUGUCACUUGGCAGCACCGGAACAUACAUGCCUGCCACAUCAGCUAUGCAAGGGGCCUACUUGCCACAGUACACACAUGUGCAGACGGCGGCAGUUCCUGUGGAGGAGGCGAGUGGUCAGCAGCAGGUGACUGUGGAGACGUCUAAUGACCAUUCUCCAUAUACCUUUCAACCCAAUAAGUAACUGUGAGAUGUACAGAAGGGUGUUCUUACAUGAAGAAGGUUGUGAAGGCUGAACAAUCAUGGAUUUUUCUGAUCAAUUGUGCUUUAGGAAAUUAUUGACAGUUUUGCACAGGUUCUUGAAAACGUUAUUUAUAAUGAAAUCAACUAAAACUAUUUUUGCUAUAAGUUCUAUAAGGUGCAUAAAACCCUUAAAUUCAUCUAGUAGCUGUUCCCCUGAACAGGUUUAUUUUAGUAAAAAACAAAAAACAAAAAAAAUAAGCAAAAAAAAAAAAAAAA